CCCUUCAAGUGCGAUCAGUGUGACUAUUCUGCUGCACGGAAAUCCACUUUGGACAAACAUCUGGCAAAACACACCGGUGAGAAACCCUACAUGUGUGGAGAGUGUGGGUUCAGGGCGGCUCAAAAGUCAAACUUUUCCCGACACAUGAGAACCCACACGGGGGAAAAACCAUACAAAUGUGACCAGUGCGACUAUUCUGCAGUAGAAAAACAUCAAUUGAUCGGCCAUCAAAAAACCCAUUCCGGUGAAAAACCCUUCAUGUGUGGGGAGUGUGGGUACAGGACAGCUGACAGAUACGUUAUCCCGACACAUGAAAAUCCAUUCAGGCGAAAAACCCUACAAGUGUGACCAGUGUGACUAUUCUGUGGCACAUAAAUCCGACUUGGACCUACACCUAAGAACACACACUGGUGAGAAACCCUACAUGUGUGGAGAGUGUGGGUACAGGGCAGCUUGGAAAAGUAACUUAUCCAGGCAUAUGAGAACCCAUACAGGUCAAAAACCCUAUAAAUGCGACCAGUGUAACUAUUCUGCUGCACAGAAAGGCCACUUGGACCAACAUCUAAUGAAACAUACUGGAGAGAAACCCUUUCUGUGUGGCGAGUGUGGGCACAGAACAACAACAAAGUCUACCUUAUCCCGACACAUGAGAAUCCAUACAGGAGAGAAACCCUACUAAGGUGACCAGUGUGACUAUUCUACUGCACAUAAAACCUCAUUUAACCGACAUGUAAGAAAGCACACAGAUAAAAAGACCUAGAUGUGCUGAGAGGGAACAGGGCAACUCAAAUGUCCAAAAAGCCAAGCAUAUGCGUCAGAACCCACAGAGGAUGGAAACCAUAGAAGCGUUAUCAGUGUAACUACUUUGCAGCUAGAAAAUCUCA